CCGCCCCGACAGCACCGGGCACCGCCGGGCACCACCGGACACCGCCGAACACCACUAAACACCGCCUGGACACCGCCGGGCAUCACCGGGACAGCGCCAGGCACCACCAGGCACCUCCGGGACACCGCCGGGACAGCGCCGAGGCGUCGCCGGGCACUACCGGGACAUCACCGGGACAGCGCCGGGCACCACCAGGCACCUCCGGGACAGCGCCGGGGCAUUGCCGGGACACUGCCGGGACAGCGCCGGGACACCGGGACAGCACCGGGAACCCACCGGGCAUCACCGGGAUAUCACCCGGCCACCCCCGGGCACCCCGGGACACCCCCGGGCACCCCGGGACACCCUCCAGUGCAGCCGCCAUGGCCCCGCGGGGCCGGGACCGCCCGUGGGCGCUGCUGCCGCCGCUGCUGCCGCUGCUGCCGCUGCUCCUCCCGCAGUCCCCGCUCGCCGCGGCCGCCGCCCGGCCCAGCUUCGUCCUGGUGCUGGCGGACGACCUGGGCUUCGGGGACCUGGGCAGCUACGGGCACCCUUCCUCGGCCACGCCGCAGCUGGACCGGCUGGCGGCCCGCGGGCUGCGCUUCACCGACUUCUACAGCAGCGCCGCCGUCUGCAGCCCCUCCCGGGCAGCGCUGCUGACGGGCCGCUUCCAGGUGCGCUCCGGGAUCUAUCCCGGCGUGUUCGACCCGGGCUCGCGGGGGGGGCUCCCGCUCUCCGAGGUCACCAUUGCCGAGGUGCUGAAGGCUCAGGGCUACGCCACGGCCAUGGUGGGCAAGUGGCACCUGGGCGUGGGGGCCAACGGCUCCUUCCUACCCACCCACCAGGGGUUUGACCACUUCCUGGGGGUGCCCUACUCCCACGACCAGGGCCCCUGUCAGAACCUCACCUGCUUCCCACCCGACAUCAAGUGUUUUGGGACCUGUGACCAGGGAGUGGUGCCGCUCCCUCUACUCUGGAACCAGACCAUCAUCCAGCAGCCCGUGUCCUUCCCUGACCUGGUGCCGCUCUACAACAAAUUCUCCCGCAAUUUCAUCGCUGACUGUGCCCGAAGGGGCCUCCCCUUCCUGCUCUACUACGCCUCCCAUCACACCCACUACCCCCAGUUUGCCAGCCAGGAGUUCGCGGGGCGGUCCCGGCGGGGGCCGUUCGGGGACGCGCUGGCGGAGUUCGAUGGCUCCGUGGGACAGUUGGUGCAGGCACUGCAGGAGCACGGCCUGGAGAACAGCACCCUGGUGUUCUUCACCUCUGACAACGGCCCCUCCACCAUGCGGAUGGCACGUGGAGGCAGCUCUGGCCACCUGAAGUGUGGCAAGGGCACAACCUACGAAGGUGGCAUGAGGGAACCAGCAGUGGCUUAUUGGCCAGGCCGGAUCGCCCCAGGAGUGACGCACGAGCUGGCAAGCACCCUGGACAUCCUGCCAACACUGGCUGCCCUGGCUGGAGCAGCCCUUCCCAGAGUGGCCCUGGAUGGCUAUGACAUGAGCCCGGUGCUGUUUGGGACAGGGAAGAGUCCCCGACAGACCAUGUUCUUCUACCCUGCGGCCCCCGACCCCCUGCACGGCCCCUUCGCCGUCCGCUUCGGGAAGUACAAGGCCCACUACUUCACCCAAGGUUCCUUUCACAGCGACACGACCCCAGACCAGGCCUGCCACGGGCUGACCCCGCUGACCCCGCACCUGCCCCCGCUGCUCUUCGACCUGGAGUCGGACCCCGCCGAGAACUACGACCUGCUCCAGGGCGGGGCAGGGCCCGAGGUGCUGCAGGUCCUGAGGGAGAUCACCCUGCAGAAAGUCCUUCUGGAGCAGCGCAUGGAGUUUGGGGAGAGCCAGAUCAGGAAGGGCCAGGAUCCCGCCCUGCAGCCCUGCUGUGCACCCAACUGCACCCCCAAACCCUCCUGCUGCCGCUGCUCCCAGCCCGGGGCUGCGCCACACUGACACCCCAAACCCACCAGAGCCCCCAGCCCAACUAACCCAGCUCAGCCUCAGAGCUGCCCCACAGCCCCAGCUCGGGCACCCCUUGGACUGACGGGGUGCUGGGGCAGCAAAUGGGGGGGCGGGGAGACCCCCAACCCUGCCGGGAGUGCGGGGCAGGGCCUGUGCUCCAUGGGGGAUGUUCAGCCUCUGACAGGAGCCCUGAGGCGUCCCGGGAGGGACCAGGCUCCAGCAUCUUCUCCAGAGCCACCACAGCCCCUUGGAGCCACCAUCCAGGAGGAGCAGAGGGCACGUCCCGGAUCCAGAGAUCCCCCCUGGGCCGGAGGGUGGGAUGGGGGGUCCCGGCAGCCCCAGGGGCAGGACCUUGGUGCAGAGGGGACACGCCUGGGUGGGCAGCAGCAGCUCAGGGUGGGCAUCCUCCAGCACCCCCACGGCCCUCGUGGCUCCAGCACUCCCCACUCCAGCUGCUCCUGUUGCUGCACAACUCCGGCUUUCAGCUGCUUUUCCCAGGAAAAGCUCUGCUCUGGGAAACCUGGGCCGGAGGAGUUUCUCUGACAACCCGUAUGGUUUGGGUGCAGGGCUCGGUGCCAGCAGCAGCCACCCAGCAGUUUGUGUGUGGGACUGGUGCUGAUGACCCUUCUCUCCACCUGCUGGGCUCAGCCACCCCUCCCUUCCCAUCCCCUCCCUCCACUCCUCCCUGUCUCCACCUUUGUCUCCUCCCAAAUAGGGGCCAAUCCUGCUCAUUUUCCCUCCUGCCUCCCCGAUUUGUCAUCCUUACCAUACACAGGAGACUGAAUUGGGUUGAAAACAUGGGUAACAGGUACUAUAGUUUUGACCAGGAGAGAGAAAACAGGGUGGGGAACAGCAGCUCGGUAUUUGUUUUUGUGGGCUUUCCGUGUAAAUCAUUUCUUUGUCUCAUACCUUUCGUUAUUACUGUUGUUGCUGAUACUGUUCAUUUCCUUAUCCCAUUGCAGUUUCCAGUAAAUUGUUCUAAUCUCAA